AUGAUCGAUUCCGAUACAGCAGUAUUAACUACAAUCAUUUUCUCUGUAAUUUGUUUGAUUUACUCUAUUGUCAUGGCAUUCGUCAAGAACUUUUUUGGGAAUGUUGCUGAAGAUUACAAGAAAUUAAAAACUGGAUAAGUUGGAGGUACAUUUGCUGAUAGAGAAGCACUAUUAGUCAUACAAACCUUAGGAGCUGAUCAGAGAGCUUUAAGCUUCUAAGAUUCUUGUAAGCGUCUAUUAAAAGAGUCUCUUUUUCUUUUUACUUACUAAUCAAUCAGCAUGCUGAUAGUAGCAACCAUCUUCUGCUUGACUUUCAUUAUAUGGUUUAGUCUCGAUGGCUAAUAUUUAUGGCUCUUUUUGCCUUUCCUAAUUGGAUUGUUGAUCACUAGUUUAUGCACUUUCUUGGUUAUUUUGUUGACCAGCCAAAGCAGAGCUAGAGUUUUAUUCACAGCCCAAGAUGAUAAGGAAGUUACUUUUUCUGAAGGAUACAUAAUGAAUAACAGUAUCACAACAGGAAUUCUCUCUAUUUUUAUACUUACACUUCUCUUAGUCAUUCCAAAGUUUGAAAAAUGGUAUUUUGAAGAUUAUGACCAAAAGAAGUAUCAGUAGAAUUUCUACUUUAACAGUUUGUCCUUCUCACUUGGAGUCUGUCUUGCAAGUCUUUUCUACAGAGAUUUGGGAGGUAACUUGAGUAAAGGCAUAAGCAUUGGUUCUACUUAAAUUGAUGAGCAGUUAAAAGACAUUGGCACACCUGAUGCUGCUAGUGCUCACAACAAUCUGAAGUAUGGUGAAAUUAUUGGAAAUUACUUUAGUCAUAACGUCACAUCUACUCUCGACUUGAUUUCCCUUAUUUCUACUUUAAUCGUAGCUACAAACCUUCUUUCAACUGGUAAAGACGAUACUGACAACACAACAUUCAAUUUAUUGGUAUAUUUGAUGUCAUUAAAUGUGUUAAUAACUUUUGUAGUCUCUUGGAUAUCCAAGUUUGCUUCUGACAAGUUUUAGUUGCAACCAACUUCUUCAUUCAUCGCCAAACAGAUAAGAAUUCAAUACAUUGUUAUUAAUAUAAUCAGUUUCAUCUUACUCUUCUUCCUACCAUCUGAACUUGUUCCUACUAAAAUUUCUAUCGGAAAAGAUGGUACUAAAAAUCCUUCAUUCUUUGACUCAGAUAUUUCCGAAGGUGAUUUGAUCUGGUGCUUGCAAAUUGGGCAAGUUAUUUCAUUCUUAAUUAUUCUAUUCUACGAAGUCUGGACUUCAUACGGUUUCUCAUUGGUAAGAAGAGUUAGUAAGUAGUUCAGAACAACCUCUUUCAGCUACGGAGUUGCUUAUGCUGAAUCUUAAAGCAAUGUAGCCACAUGCAUUAUUGUAUUUAUCUUAGCUUUUACAGUUUACUUUGCUUACUACUUUGGAGGUGUUUUCGGUUUGAAUUGGAUUACCAUUGGUAUUCUUUAGUCAGCUCCAUUACUCCUAGGCGUUUGCUUCUUCAGUUUGGCAACUAGCGAUUCAGUUACUACAGCUGGACUUAAUGGUCUUGAGUAAUUCUGUACAAGACUAAGACUCAUUAACUGGGCAACAAACAACUUCUCAUCAUUGAUCUAGUUGCUUAAUAUUGCAGGAAACUUCUUCGCUAAUUUGCUCAUAAUUGCAUCUAUCGUCCAAAUAACAAAAUAAUAAGCUUCUGCUAUUUUCAAUGGAGGAAUUUUAGUAGGAUUCCUUAUUGGAUGUUCUAUGAUAUAACUCAUAUCGUAUGUCAACACUUUGGGAAUAUAGCACUUAGCAUCUAAAAUGGUUGAUGAAAGCAAUAAUUUCAGGGUAAAAGUUUCUCAAAGUCACUUCGAAAAUUUAAAUAAGCUAAUUCUCAGUACCUUUACACCAUCAUUCUACACUGUUUUGCUUAAUUUGAUUAUCGUUGUUUCUUAUAUUAUGUUCACUGCCAUGAUUCUAGGUACAUCAGCCACUAUCGGAUUUACUAUCGGCCUUACAUUGUUCGGUUUGAUUUCUUCUCUCCGCCAACUCAUAGUUGGAUACUCCCUCAAGAAUGCUCAAAAUUAUAUCGACUAAUCUAAUUUGAUUGGUUAAAAUGAACUCAAGUAAUCCACAACUUCAAGCAAGGAUAGUGGAUAUAUUGCCUAGGCUUUAUACUAAAUUCCAGGAACAGGACUUUACAAUUACAUUAAUUUAGCUUUAAUGAUUUUUAUACUUGGAGCACAAGUAUUUUAAAAUUAUGGAUAUUUUGAUAACUAUAUGGCUAAGAAUAGCUCAGAAUUAUCUGGAAGCACAACCAACUGGUAUUUAGAUAGCUCUGAUAGUUCUUCAGAUGUAAAAACCAAAAAACUAUUCUGA